AUGGAGCAGAGCCAGGUUCAGGGAAGGUGGAGGAAAGUGCUAGAGUGCCGUGGUCUCUAUGUGGGACCCGCCUCACUUGUAUCAGCUUGUGAUGUUGCUGUCCAAGUGUUUUGUAGGCUUGUUUUGUGGUUGUGUUCUGAAAUGCUUGGAGAGUUUGGGAGGAUGGGGAAUGUUGCUUUUUUGCUUGGCUUUAUGAAGAGGAAGGGGCUCAACGGGCUUAGGGACCUGUUCCUCAAUGCCUGUGAAGUGACUGGGGAAGGGCUUAGUGCUUGCUUUAGAGAUGAACCCCAUGUAAAGAGGGAGAACCGGCCUGCUUGCCCUGCCUGGGCAUACUUGGCAACUCAGGCUGACCAUGGGGUAUGUGGCAGCCCUUCCAUCCUACACCUGCCUUGUGAUGCCCUUCCGCCUGUCUGA